AUGGCUGCUAUUUACAGUUUUGUUCAGCUCUUAUAUUAUGAGGUUUUUAAGUCCGCUGAAGAGGCCGAACGAAGAGACCACAUAUCAAGUACUAUAAAAAAAGCGAUUUACAAUUCUGAAUUUAUUACCGAUGAACUUCGGUUUUUCAAGCGAGAAGUUGAAAAUCGCUACCCCCACCGCAAAGAUAUAAUUGCGGUGGUUGAUUGCGUUAGGCGGUGCUUACAAGAUGAACAUGGCGGCAUUGAUCCACAUUGCUUUUUCGAUAAAUUCAGAGACACAAUAUAUUUCGCCUUCGUGGUGGAUAUGGCUCCCCCUUCUCAGGGAGGAAAGGCAUAUCGUGAGGCUGCGAGAAGAUGGACAACUCCAGCUUUUGUUCCCUCUCCUCGGGACGCAAAGACUUUCUGUGAGGUGGUGAGAAGAUGGUCGGAUCGAGCUCAAAUUGUGAAAGAAUUUGCCUUCCUUAACUUACACGAUCAGGAAGGUAUAAGCGUAGUUCAAACGGGCCCUAAACGCCAGAUACUAUUAACAUUUGAUACCCAGCUCCACGCUGAGAAUACCGCCAGGGGAAUGGAAAGGUGGAUGCAGACAGAUAGAAGCCCACCCGUGGUCUAA